AUGGCGGCCCCCACGCUCGACACGACCUUCGGAGCCACGCUCGUCGGACUAACGAUAGAGGGAACUGUAUAUGGUGUCACAUUAUUGCAAACUUUCUUUUACUUCAGGAAUUACGCCGACGACCGUUGGACCACCAAAUCACUCGUUAUCUUUCUCACGUAUCUGGUGUCAAACUUUGGAAACUUCGAAAACCUGGACAAGACUAUGUGGGCAUUUGACCUGCAAGUAGAGGCCAAUACUGUCAUUGCCGUCAUUGUGGAAUGCUUCUUCGCGCGCCGACUAUUUAUGAUGAGCAAGAACUGGAUCCUCACCGGUGUCGUGGUCAUCUUGGCGUUGGUUCAUCUCGGCACUGGGCUUGCCUUCACUGUGCAAUCCUUCCGCCUGGGCCAUUUCUCCCAGCUAGGGAGUCUGUCGUACAUUAUCGUCGUCGGCAUUGCGGCGCCCGCAAUAGACGAUGUUAUCAUCGCAGUCUCGAUGUGCUACUAUCUGUACAAAAAGCGGACCGGCCUGAGCAGGACGGAUUCGGUCGUCACCACGAUGAUGGUGUACAGCAUCAACAGCGGUCUGGCGAGCAGUAUCGUAGCCACGCUCUGUGUAAUUCUGUACCUGGCGAUGCCCACCAACCUCAUCUGGGUCGCCUGCUUCUGGCUCCUCGGAAAAUGCUACGUCAACUCCUUCCUCGGCCUACUGAACACCCGCGACCAGCUGCGCGACCGCGCGCGGAUCGGCGGCGUCGUCACCAUCAGCGGCUUCUCCAGCGGCGGCGAGACCAACGCGGCCGCGCACGGCAUGUCGAGCGCGCGGCGCGCGCUCGCCGGCGCCAAGUCGAACGCCGGCGUCGGGGCGGAGCACGGCGACGUCGAGAUCGGCGUGCUCGAGAUCGGCGUCUCGCGCUCGGUCAUCCAGCACUCGGACGCGGCGGACGUGAAGCACAAGGCCGGGGCGGGGACGGCGUGGUGA